GGAGCUUUUUGACGAGCUGACCCCAUUGUUGUCACUCAUGGAAACGCGUUCGAGUGGGUUCGUGUCUCAGUGUUGGUAGAAGGUGAAUGUUUGUUAGUUUGUUCUUGUCAGAGUUGUGUCUUCACUGGUUUGUGGUCUAUUAAACUUAAUUACCUAUAUGCGUCAUGUUGGGACAUGCAGUUUGGUUACUUUCUAUAUAUGGUUUAUUCUAAAUAUAAGUGUGCCAGGAGUUUCAUGGUUAAGCCAUGAUAAACUGUUGUCACAUUAUUAUAAAUAUAAAAAAAUGCUAUUAGUGCAUUCAUGUGUAGCAGUAGAUGUUUCAUUGUUUGUAUCGGUUGAGGUGGUGAAGCUGAGUUUACACAUUUCAUAGGUGUAUCAUAUAUGUAAUAUCUUGGAAAGUAACCUGCUGUCAGAUACAUGUGUAAAGAAAGUUCCUCCCUGUAUUUUCCUCCCAUAUAUCAAGUGUAAAGUAACAUAAUACAAAAAUCCUCAGGUAAACAACAAAUAUAUGAAUGUGCAUCACCAAAUGUUUCUCACUUUCCAAUCAUCAGCAAAAGGAAGUCUACAGUUGUAAGAAUGAAUAAGUUGAUCAUAAAUGAAUUGUGAGUCUGAUCCCUGCAGCACAUGUACUGCAGAGGGCCAGAGGUCAAACCGACCAUUGGAGGGGUCUUCAUGAUAGAUUUAGGAACUACCUAAAAACCAGCCAUAACCUGGCAUCUCAAAAUCUGGUCCACUUGAAACAAGCCAGACAAAGUAGUAAUAACUCUUAUUAAAGCCGUUAAAACUAACUAACUUUUUUUGUAUAAUGGAGAAGAAGUUGAAAGUGUCCCAAUGAGGAUACUCUGAUAUUCAAAUAACAAUGUCGAUAUGGACAUUAAACGGCCCUAAAGUGCUCAGACGACGAUCUGACAUUAUGCAGAAAAGAAAACCCUAUUUGAAUACAUCAAUAUCCCUUUGAGUCAGGAGUCAUGGCAUGUUCUUUUUUUUUUUGUAGAUUCAUAGUUGCAUUAUGCACAGCAAUUCUUCCAACUCUUCCUACAUUCAAAGUAGGAGGCAGAUCAUUUGCAACACCAUCAUGAUUUCAUGCUUCUUUGAGAAGAUGUGCGUGUAGAUUCCUCCACAUAAUUCCUUCCCAUAAUGUGUGAGUAAUCUCAUUUAUGGCUCAGCUGCAUUCCAACUCCCAAUGGUUUGGGCUAAAGAUAGAAAGAAAAAAACACAACUUGUAUUAAUUCAAGUUCAGCAUAUAAUACACAAUGCCCUCCAUGUAGUGUAUUCAUUCAGUCCGUGUCGGUUGAUGGCUCGGACGCUAAAGUAAUUACAAGUGUGCCACUGGGUUUGGCGUUUUAAACGUCUUCAGUUUAAAGCAAACACAGCAACAGCCCCCGCGUUUCAUCGAUCUUUCUGCCCAAAUGUGUCUGAGUGUUUUGCAAAUUGGUCCUUGAUCAAAAAGACAGCCUCGUCGUACUGCAAAUCUCUCCUGGGGGGUGGGGGGGAGGGGGGGGAUUUGCUCAACCAUCUCCAGAGUUAAAAAAAACAAAAACAUCCCAGUGGAUUCGUUGCAGAUCGAUCGACGGCCAGGUAGCUGACAGGCUUUGUGAUCCAAAAGGCACUUCAGACGUCUCCUGCUGCUUUUUUUUUUAGGUUUUUGACCCUCCUGUCCCGUCCCGUCCCCCGUUUCCGAGCAGCUUCUCAUCGGCGAGGCCGCGGCGACCCAACUAUCCGACAAGUAAGAACACCUGUAGUUGAUUGACACCAUCACACGUGCACCGUGAUCCUUUUGGGCGCUGCAGUCCCCAGCAGUGGAGGUCAGUCCCACGAAGAACUUAGACACCUGGGAAUAUUAAAGGUCCCCGAGAUGAGGAACCAGAAUGCGGGCGUCGUUUUGGACUUUUACUUAGUUUAGUGAAAAUCAAGAACCUUUAAGCGGGAGGAUAAUCAAAGCGCCUUGGACCCCGGUGGGUGUGGGGUAACCAUGGCGGACCAGAGGUCGGCCCGGCGCCUCCUGCCCCCGCCGCUGCUCCUGACGCUCCUUGCCGGGACGUCACAGCUGUGGGCCUUCCCCUUCAGCCCGUCCCUGGACCUGGACGUCACUCCCAGGACUACUGUCUUCUCCAAAGGUCUGUUGGGCAGCGCCAGCUACAGCGGCUCCUCCCGUAACUACAGCACCCUCCUGCUGGAGGAGGAGAGCGGGCUGCUGUAUGUGGGAGGCAGAGGAGCCCUGCAUGCACUCAACACCUCCAACAUCUCCGCGACCUCCAACCUCACGAUUUAUUGGGACGCUUCCCCCGAACAGAAGAAGCAGUGUCUAAACAAAGGCAGGGACAAUCAGACCGAGUGCUACAACCAAGUCCGCUUUCUGCAGCGGUUCAACGAGACUCACCUGUACACCUGUGGAACAAACGCCUUCCGACCUCUUUGCGUUUACAUAGAUGCGGAGCGCUUCAGCUUCUCGUCCGGCUUCGAGGAGGGCAGGGACAGGUGUCCCUACGACCCGGCGAUGGGAUUUACCGGCCUCCUCGUUGACGGCGAGAUGUUCACCGCUUCCCAGUACGAGUUCCGCAGCUCUCCAGACGUGCGCAGAAACUUCCCCUUUCCCACGCUCAGGACGGAGGAGGCUCCCACCCGGUGGCUUCUGGAGGCCGACUUUGUCGGCUCCGCGCUGCUGAGGGAGAGCGCCAACAGCUCCAUCGGCGACGACGACAAGAUCUACUUCUUCUUCACGGAGAGGAGCCAGGAGCAGGCCGCCUACCCGAGCCAGACCAAGGUGUCCAGGGUGGCCCGAGUGUGCAAGAAUGACUGGGGAGGCCAGAGGACCCUGCAGAGGAAGUGGACCACCUUCCUCAAGGCCAGGAUGGUGUGUUCAGUGCCAGAAUACGAGCUGCACCUCAACGUCCUGCGCAGUGUGUUCGUCCUGCAGGGCCGCGACGUCCAAAGCAGCGUUUUCUAUGGCGUCUUUGGCCUGGAAUGGAAGAAUAUCAAAGCGUCUGCUAUCUGCCAGUACGCCUUCUCCGAUGUGCAGAAGGCCUUCGAGGGGCCGUUCAUGGAGGUGCAGGACUCAAAGUGGAGGGAGUACACGGGAAAGGUUCCUCUGCCGAGACCCGGCUCCUGCAUAACGGACGUGCACAGGUCCCAGGGCAUCAACUCGUCCCGAGACCUCCCAGACAACAUCCUCACCUUCGCCAGGAGGCACCCGCUGAUGGCCGGCCAGGUGCAGCCCGUCGGGGUGCGCCCGCUCAUGUUCAAGAGGAGCGUCAACUACGUGAAGAUAGCCGUUCACAGGGAGCCGGCGCUGGACGGCAACACUUACACUCUUCUGUUUUUGGGAACCGAUGACGGGUGGCUGCACAGAGCUGUGGACAUCGGCGGGGAGAUGCACAUCAUAGAGGAGCUGCAGCUGUUUGAUAAACCCCAGCCCAUAGAGAGCAUGGUCAUAUCCUCUGCUCUGAGGAGCGUCUACGUCGGCUCCCACUCUGGAGUCGUGCAGGUGCCGAUGUCGGCCUGUCGGAGGUACACUUCCUGUUACGACUGCGUGUUCGCGAGGGAUCCGUUCUGCGGCUGGGACGGCAGGACGUGUGUGGAAAUAUUUUCCCGUGCACAGAGGUCAAACCUGACCCAGGAUAUCCUGAAGGGGAUCAGAGGCUGCAAGGAGAAUUCAGGAAAUGUCGUCCACCGGCGGCGCUCUGUGAUGUCCGGGGACGACGUUCUGCUCCAGUGCGAGCUGCACUCCAACCUGGCCGCCCCCCGCUGGACGCUGAACGGCAGGCAGCUGCAGGGCUACGGCCUCAAUUCGGGCUACCGGGUCGGCACCGACGGCCUCCUGAUAAUCGGGGCCCGCUCCAAGCAGGGCGGCUCGUACCGCUGCUUCGCCGUGGAGAACUCCGUCUCCGUCCUGGUUUACCUCUACACGGUCCGGGUGCACACGGACCUGUACUUCCCCGCCGAGCCCACGGACGCCACCGAGCCCGAUCCGGCCCCCGGCCCGACCGCUCUGUCCACGGGGGGCCCCGCCGAGCAGCCGCUCCCCUCGCCGCCCGCCCCGCCGCCCCCGGGAGCGGCGCUGCAGACCUACAGGCACAUGGAGGCCGUGUACAUUUCCCUGGUGGCGGUCCUCGGGGGGCUUUGCCUGGUGCUGACCGUGGUUCUGCUCUACGUGAGCUUCUGCACCAGGCGGGCGCCGCGGGACCGAAAGUUCUCCCAGCAGGGGCUGCGCGUCCUGGGGUCCUCGGAGAGGAAGAGGAGCUCCCACCUGGAGCUCACCACCAUCUCCAGCCACUACGGCGGCCGCCAGGGUCGACGCUCCAUCUCGGUGCCGACCUUCGGGGACCCGGGUGACGGCUUCCUGCAGAUAGUCCCGGGCGAGGGCCAGUUCUCGCCGUGCAGGACGCCUCCGCCGGCGCCGCCGCCGCCGCAGCAGCAGCAGCUUCCCGCGGCGCCUCCGCUGCCCAACAUGGACUACGCCAACGGGCUGUCGGCCACCCUGCCCAGCGUGCUGAGGAAGAUGAACGGGAACAGCUACGUGCUGCUGCGGCAGGUCGACCACGAGGGCGUGUCGCCGCUCUACCGCUCCUUCACCGAGGAGCUCAACAGGAUCCUGGAGCAGCGGAAACACUCCCAGCUGGACCUGCAGCCCGACGAGAGCUCCAUCUAGGACGCGCCCCCCCCCCCCUCCCCUCCCCUCUCUUGGCCGUCGUUUAUUUAUUUGUUUUUAAUUUUUUUUACCCCAAAGGGCCGAGGGGAGAAGUGACCGUUGGAUCAAACGGCGCCGCCUUUCACCCGGUGUCACAGUGCAGGUUGCGUCCUCGCUCGAUUUGACUUGUGCAGCCUGCCGCGGAG